UUGACGAGAUGUUGCCUGCAAAGCUGACAGUCGUUGCCUUACUGGCGACCGUUUGGUGCUGCACAUCAAAUCCAGAUGUCAGCGUCGCAUGUCCGGAUACAAACAAUAUCCUGCAAUGCCCCGAAAGCCAUGUGAUCACGGUGGGAGAAGUACGCUACGGUAAAGCCAAUACGGUCAACUGUGCCGCCUUAACCCAGGCCGCCAAGGUCUUCAGCCCCGACCAGAAAUGCCUCCAUCCAUCCUUGAAGCAAUGGGUCAAGUUCAUCUGUGACGGCCAGGAACGCUGCCGCCUGCCAAAGCCAGACCCGUUCAUGUUUGUAUGCGACAAUCAGAACAACUUUCUCCAGGUGGAGUAUACCUGCAGGAAACAAAGGCCCGGUGUGCGCCCCGUUGUUGCCUGUGAAGGACAAACAGCACAGCUCUCCUGUGACACUGGCACCUCCAUUGAGAUUGUCAGAGCCAGAUAUGGACGCUUUGACGAGCAACUCUGCAGCGACACUCCCUCAGUGAUGACUUUCUGCUCCAGCUACUCAACCCAGGGGACCGUUUCAACAAAGUGCAAUGGCAAGAAUACUUGCCAAGUCACUGCCAACAGUACCUUGGGGCCCGCGAAUAAGUGCGAUGAUAAUCCCAAGUAUCUUACUCUGAACUAUGUGUGCGUGUGAAUGCAUCGAUGGUUGGUCCUACUGGAGACUGCAAGAGGAGAAACAUCUCGACGUGUUUUUUCGUUUUUGUCCAGUCUCUUGUUUUGACAAGCACAUAGCUCAUUAAAAAUCUGCAACGA